AUGACGCCCUCGCUUCUCCAUCCCCCCAGCCACUUGUCGCCAGCGCAAGCUCUGGAGCUGUCGCAACGCGCUCCGGCGAUUCUCCAGAGCUCGCCGCGCACGAUUUCGUCGUCACCAUUGGUUUCCCUCUUCUCCUCGCCAGAAAACACGGAGCUCUGGAUCACUGUCGAGAAUCUGCUGCUGUCAUGCCUGCGCACAGGCGACGAGCAGGCGGCCCACGAGUGCCUCGAGAGACUAAUCUUGAGGUUUGGAGAUGACAACGAGCGCAUAAUGGCCUUUAAGGGGAUCCUGAAGGAGGCGGAAGCUUCCGACAAUGCUGCACUAGAGAAGGUGCUAAAAGAAUAUGAUGAGAUCUUGUCCAAAAGCGAGACCAAUAUUCCUAUCACGAAACGACGCAUUGCGUUGCUCCGCACGCUUGGCCGAACCGCCGAUGCUGUGUCUGGUCUUUCAGCCCUACUGGACUUUUGCCCAGUUGACGCAGAGUCCUGGGCAGAGUUGGCGGACCUAUACUGCACCCAGGGGAUGUAUGCGCAGGCUGUCUACGCUCUCGAGGAAGUCUUGGUGCUAGCUCCAAACGCUUGGAAUAUCCACGCUCGUCUGGGAGAAGUCGAGUACAUGGCCUCUACCGCUUCAGGCGCCGAUGAGGCUGUUUCGCGGAAGUAUCUUGCAGAGUCCUUGAAGCGAUUCUGCCGAAGCGUUGAACUUUGCGACGACUAUCUGCGAGGGUACUACGGGCUCAAGCUGGUCACUUCGAAGUUGUUGGAGCCAUCAACGAAAUCCGGUAAACAGCCGGAUUCAGAAGAUUUCGCAAUUCCGCCUACAGCUACCCUCGAGAAACUCAGUGAAAAAAGCACUGCGAAAUUAGCUGAAAUUGUCCGCCGUAGUACGGCAAAGGAGAGAGGCUGGAGUGGUUUUGAAGAAUCCGAGGUUGAGGCGGCCCGCGAUCUCCUUUCCAAGGAAUCUUCUGGUAUCGUUAGAUGA